AUGGAACCUAUAUCUUCAGUAUCCUCAUCCCAAGGCAGUAUGAGAGAAACAAAACAAACCCAAAAUGUAGAAGUACUCCCACAGACGCCGGGUGAAAGCAAAGAAAGACCCAACUGCAGACACAUUGAGUCUGUUGGUGACUACAUUCUGAUUGGCGACCAAUUUUUCAAAAAAAGCGAUUUCGUGAAUACCUUCUUGGAAGACUCCGGUCCCGAGAUGAGCAAUGAGCAACCAAGACAAGCUGCUUUUGCAAAUCCUCUUCCACUUGGGUUGGCCUCUUUCUCGUUCAUGUGUUUGACGUUAGGAUUGGCUAAUGCAAGAGUGCGCGGAGUCACCAAUCUCUACCUGUUGAACGCGUCCUUUAUUUUUGGUGGCGCCGUUGUUUUGCUGUCAGGGCUGCUGUCCUUCUGUGUUGGUGACACCUUUUGUAUGACAGUCUUUGGCUCAUUUGGGGGGUUUUGGAUAAGUUGGGGGUGUCUAAACCUCGAGCAAUUCGGUGUGGCCAAAGCCUAUGCCGAUAACCCUCAGGAAAUGCAGAACAUACUAGGGUUUUACCUCGCCGGAUGGACCGUGUUUAAUUUCUUGAUCAUGGUAUGCUCCAUGAAGAGCACUUGGGGGAUAUUUCUACUUCUACUUUUCCUAGACUUGACGUUUUUAAUGUUGUGCAUCGGCUCUUUCACGCAAAGUGUUAAUGCGUUCAUGGCAGGGGGAUAUUUUGGUAUAUUGAGCAGCUGUUGUGGUUGGUAUUCAUUAUAUUGUUCAAUCGCGAACAAGGAUAGUACCUAUGUUCCUCUGAUUGCAUACCCAAUGCCAGGAGCUCAUAUUGUGUAA